GCAGGCGGGGCUGGCGAGGGUGGAAAUGGCCCGGAAGGGAAGGGAGGCCGAGCGUCCGAAGGUGGCCCAGUAGGGCAUGGACCCGCAGCUCCCUCCGCAUCCCAGGGUGCUCGAGGAUACUGGCGGCCCCUGCGAGAGUCAGCGAGCAUCUGCUCUGUGCCGGGCAUCGCAGGGGACGCGGACCGAGACCCAGAAGGCCAGGUUCCGGGCCUGGGAGCCGGGCCUUCUCCCGUGUAGCUCCCUCGGCCUGGACACCCCACCCGCGUGCUCUCAUCUCCAGGCUUUGCCCGCAGGAAGCCAGUCCCGCCCGCCUCCGCCCCGCGCUGCCCAUCUCUCGGUUCCUGUUUUCUUCCACCCUGUAGUUGACAGUAGUGCUUAAGACGACAGAACCCACAGCCUAGCUCAGUCUCAUUACGGUGUGGCCUCUCUGUGCCUCAGCACGGCAUCCGUAAAGCGGGUAUCAUAGCGGCACCUGCGUCUCUGGAACCUUGUCUGAUUUCAUGAGUUGUGCAUGUAAAUCGCUUAGAGUACUGGCUGCCACUUAGUAAGUGCUCAAUAAACGUUAGCUGUUCUCAGCCCUUAAGAUAGGGUCUGGCAUACAGUGGUGGUCACUAGGCGUUUGUUGCUUAAAGGAAUGAAUGAAAGUUGAAUGGAGGAUGUACAGAGUAUUGUGAGAAACCUUAACCCCAAGGUGUGUGUAAUGUGGGUGAUAAGGAAGGUUUCACUCUGGAAAUGAGCAGUGUUGGGCCUGGAAUAGAAGGUGUAUUCGUUUCCUAGGGCUGCAAACAAAAUGCCGGGUGGCUUAAACACCAGAAAUGUAUUUUCUCACAGUUCUGGAGGUUAGAAGUCCAAGAUCAAGGUGUCAUCAGGUUUGCUUUCUUCUGAGACAUUUCUCCUCGGAUUGCGGGUAGGCACUUACUUCUUGCUGUGUCAUCACAUGGUGCUUCCUCUGUGUUUUCCAUCUGUGGUGUCUCUCUUUGUAUCCCAAUUUCCUCUCUUCGUAAGAACAUCAGUCAGAUUGUAUUAGGGCCGACCUUAAUGGCCUCAUUGUAACUUAAUUACCCCUUUACAAGCCUGAUCUCCAAAUACAGUCACAUUCUGUGAUUCUGGGGGAACAGUUUACCCAUAACGAAAGGAAUUGACAAGAAUGGACAAGGGGGGAUAUAUUUUCCAACAGAAGUGACGGAAUGCACAAGAGGCUUAAAAGCAGGGUACUCACGGUGUCUUUUUGUGUUCAGGGCACAUAUGUGUAGUUCAGUCUUGUUUGCGCUCUCCUGCUUUUUUUUUUUUUUUUUUUUCCAUUUUGUCCCCCUGAAAACUCAAAGUGGGUGAGCCUUCUCAUUUUUUGUCUGGCAAAGUUAACUCAUGUUUCAGCCUAGAUGUGUCUUCCAGGAAGUUUUCCGUGACCCUUCCUCCCAAAUUAAUUUCUGCUUCCUCCAUUUAAUAACCCUGGUACAGUGUGACGAUUGUUUUUCCCACUAGACUGAUGCUUCGUGAAGACACGGAUGACCAUGUCUGAUGUGUUUGCCAUUGUACCUUCAGUGCCUAGAGUAUAAUGGGCACUCUGUAAAAUUAGGUGAAUGAUCGAAAACUGAGGCACAGGCAGGGAAUCAUCUUGUUCCAUUUGUCAGCAUUCAGUCCUCUCGACAAUUUGUUGUACUUAUUAGGCACAGAAUAUCUGUUUAACUGAAUUGGCCUUCCCGGUAUGAUAAGAUUCAGUAUAAAGCUAAGACAAGACUCCAUGUUUGUUUGCUUCAAGCCAGUGCUUUUCUGAGUGGGGUGGAGGUGAGGGGCUAUGAGUAAGCCAUUUGGAAAGUAUGUUGAUGGGCAGACUCCUUAGGAGCCCUCUAAGGUAAGCUUGGUAAUAAGGUGUGUGAGCUGUGGGCCCCUGAAGAAGUCAUCUAUUAAUGGCUCAGCUGAGAAAACAUCCACAAAUUCUAUCCAGUAGUAUUUGACCUGUUGAUAGAAUUGAGGUGCCUCUGCUCUAGGAGUCUUCUCUGCAGGUUGAAACUCCAUUCUGGCUCUUGUUUCCUUUAGAAGCAUUUCUUCAUUCACAUUGAUGGAAGCCUUUUCUUGUUUCUUUUCCCCCCAUAUUUUCAUUUGUUGCCAUUCAUACCAUCUUUCCACCAUCACAUUCCUUGAGAUUUGUAGCUUUUAGAACAAGAAGAAACCUUAGAGCUCAUCUAGUCCAGUGGGGGACUCCUCCAUUGUUAUGGAUGAAAAACUGAGGCCGAGAGUCUGAUCCAUUCAGAAAUAUGUAUUGAGUGCCUACUAUGUCAAAGACACCUCUGGUAGGUACCAGAGAUACAUUGUUCAGUAAGACAGGUGGAGUCCAUGUCUUCACCACAGAAAAUCUUUGCUGCUUGUCACCAGGUCUCUUGAAUGGUUGAGCAUGGACCCAGUUGCUACCCACAGCUGCCAUCUCCUCCAACAACUGCAUGAGCAGCGAAUCCAAGGCCUGCUUUGUGACUGUAUGUUGGUGGUAAAAGGAGUCUGCUUUAAAGCACAUAAGAAUGUGCUAGCAGCAUUCAGCCAGUAUUUUAGGAGCCUCUUUCAGAAUUCUUCAAGCCAGAAGAAUGAUGUCUUUCACUUGAAUAUUAAAAACGUCAGUGGCAUAGGGCAGAUCCUGGACUUCAUGUAUACUUCUCAUUUAGAGCUUAACCAGGACAAUAUACAAGUAAUGCUGGACACAGCACAGUGUUUGCAAGUUCAAAACGUUCUGAGUCUGUGUCACACAUUUUUAAAAUCAGCCACUGUAGAACAGCCACCUGGCGUGCCUAGUAAUAGUACAUUGUCUCUGCAAAGCACCCUGACCCCCGAUGCCACUUGUGUUAACAGUGAAAACAACUACCCCCCUCAUUUACUGCCGGAAUGUUCGGCAGACACACAGCAUAAUAAGGGGUUGGAUGAAUCGCAUUCACAUGCUUCACCCUCAGUGAAUCUUCAUCACUCCACAGGUGAAAUAUCAAAACAAGCCCCUGAUACUUCAGACGGCACCUGCACAGACCUGCCUUUUAAACAGCCAAGUCACUAUUACAAACUCAGAAACUUUUACAGUAAGCAGUACCAUAAACACGCAGCUUGUCCCAGUCAGGAGCGAGUCGUUGAGCAGCCUGGUGCUUUCAGCACCUCCGUAGAUCUUACCACGGUAGAAAGCCAGCCUUGUGCUGUCAGUCAUGCCGAAUGCAUCCUGGAGUCUUCCGAGCACUUGCCUUCCAACUUCCUGGCCCAGCCUGUGAAUGACUCUGCCCCAGACCCUGAGUCCGACGCCAUAUGCCAACAACCUGUCAAGCAGAUGAGGCUCAAAAAGGCCAUUCAUCUGAAGAAACUCAAUUUCCUGAAGUCACAGAAAUCCGCAGAGCAAACAUCUGAACCCAAGUCGGAUGAUGGUUUAACAAAGAGGGUCGAAUCUGCUAGUGAAAAUACUCUAGAGAAAACUAGCAGCCAACGUACUGAAGAAAAAGCAAGUGAAGAACCCGUCAGUGGUGAGAAUUAUCAUUGCAUUAGUGAGACGGAGCGGCCCGAAGACCCGGCAGCACUGGAAGACCAGUCCCAUGCACUUCAGUCCCAGAGACAAUAUGCCUGUGAAUUAUGUGGGAAACCUUUUAAACACCCAAGCAACUUGGAGCUUCAUAAACGGUCUCAUACAGGUGAGAAACCUUUUGAAUGUAACAUUUGUGGGAAACAUUUCUCUCAGGCAGGUAACUUGCAGACUCACUUACGACGACAUUCUGGUGACAAACCAUACAUCUGCGAGAUCUGUGGAAAGAGGUUUGCAGCCUCUGGCGACGUCCAGCGUCACAUUAUUAUUCACUCAGGAGAAAAACCACACUUGUGUGACAUCUGUGGUCGAGGGUUUAGUAACUUCAGCAAUUUGAAGGAGCACAAAAAGACACACACGGCUGAUAAAGUCUUCACCUGUGAUGAGUGUGGAAAGUCUUUUAAUAUGCAAAGGAAGUUAGUCAAGCACAGAAUUCGGCACACGGGGGAGCGGCCUUACAGCUGCUCUGCCUGCGGGAAGUGUUUUGGGGGAUCAGGUGACCUCCGCAGGCAUGUCCGCACUCACACUGGGGAGAAGCCGUACACGUGUGAGAUCUGUAACAAGUGCUUCACCCGCUCCGCAGUGCUCCGGCGGCACAAGAAGAUGCACUGCAAAGCUGGGGACGAGAGCCCGGAUGUGCUGGAGGAGUUCAGCCAAGCCAUCGAGACCUCCGACCUCGAGAAGUCUCAGAGCUCAGACUCUUUCUCCCAAGACACAUCCGUAACGCUGAUGCCGGUGUCGGUGAAACUCCCCGUCCCCUCAGGGGAAGAUUCUGUGGCAGAAUUUGCCAGCCACUCUGGCGGCUCCUAUUGCAAGUUACGGUCCAUGAUCCAACCUCAUGGAGUUAGUGACCAGGAGAAGCUGAGUUUGGAUCCUGGUAAACUUGCCAAGCCCCAGAUGCCACAAGCACAGCCUCAGGCCUACACUUACGCAGAUGUGGACUCCUCAGCCGGUGGCGAACCACUGCAGGCGGAUGGCAUGGCCAUGAUCCGCUCCUCUCUGGCUGCUUUGGACAACCACUGCAGUGACACCCUGGGCGGUCGAGCAUCUUCCACCACUUACAGGAACUCAGAGGGCCAGUUUUUCUCCAGCAUGACUCUCUGGGGGCUAGCGAUGAAGACACUGCAGAAUGAAAAUGAGUUAGACCAGUGAUGGACUGUACUUCUCGACAGUGGAGGCUUGUUCUCAGUUUGGCAGCCUGGAAUCAAGCCUGCAGGAGGGCCAAGCCCAGUGGCUCACGCCUGUGUUCCCAGCACUUUGGGAGGCCAAGUCAGGUGAAUCACAAGGUCAAGAGAUAAAGACCAUCCUGGUCAACAUGGUGAAACACUGUCUCUACUAAAAAUACAAAAAUUAGCUGGGCAUGGUGGUGCAUGCCUGUAGUUCCAGCUACUCGGGAGGCUGAGGCAGGAGAAACAUUUAAACCCGGUAGGCAGAGGUUGCAGUGAGCCAAGAUCGUGGCACUGCACUCCAGCCUGGCGACAGAGCAAGACUCCAUCUUAAAAAUAAAAAGGCUGCAAAAGGACCCAGUUUCCCCAUGACUGUUCCUUCUAACUAGCCAGAGAAUAGCUAGGUUCCCUCCUGGUGAUGGCUCAUAAUCUGAAGCAUUUUGAGCUGGGGUUUUGGGGAGAAGGGCCUGCUGGCUCACUGAGGCAGCUGCAGGAGGGAGCGCUGACGUCACUGAAGCCAAAAGCUUGAUGCUGUCUCAGCAGCUUCAGCUCGAGAGAGAGUGCAUGUGUCAGCUACUGUACAUGUUGGUCAUGUUAAAGGAAUUAUAUGUGUAUAAUAUUACAAAUAUUUUUGCAUUUUUACAAGAUUGAAAUUUGCAGCAUUUUUUACUAAGUAUUCACACAGAAUUUAUUUGUAUAUGAAACUCAUACCAUAAUUUAAUUUGAAUAAAUGAAGUUUUUCUAUAUAAUAUGUUUCCGCUACCAUUUUUAUUAAUCUAAAGACUAGAGGAGUGUAAAAAUAAAUAGCAGCGAGGACUCACCCUGCAAAGAUGAGAGCCACAUCUGCCGGCCUGCCCUCCUAGUACAGCGGGUUUCUGAGUGGUCAGAACAGCCUGACUCCUGGCUGCCACUCACUGGCAAGGUCCUGGGCAAGCUGCUCACCCUCUCAGGAUCUUCUCUGGGGUUUCUUUUUUACAGUACGAGAGGAACAUCUUCCAGCAUUUUUACAAGGCUUGACUGUUAUGAUCAUCCACCUGAAAAUACCUGCCCAGGGCCUGGCCCUUGAAUGGGCUUUCUAAAUAUGUACUUCUCCUUCCCAGCGGGCUUGACGGCCUUUGCAAAAAUAUAUGUCCAUGGUGCUGUCACAAGAAUAUGAAGGUGAGAUUGUGGAGGGGAAGAGGUGGCAACCUUGUGGCACAUCACAGGCAGUCUGCUGGUAGCACUGCCUGCACAGAAGGCUGUGUUGAGAGCACCCUUGUAUACUCAUGAGCAGCUCUAACUCAGAGUUACAAGGUACCCAGCGAGAGACCAGUGAGGAGGUGAGGACUUUCACAGAAGAACAGAACAGUGCAGAGUAGGCUAUCAGCCCUGAAGUCCACCACAGGUGCGUUUCCUGGCUCCCCAACCAUCAGCUGCACUGUGGUCCUGCCAGGCUGGCUCAGUAAGCAUCUGUUAUCCCUGCUCUACAUGUGAAGUGAACUUGGAACACAAUGGCUGCAGACGAAUGUGGACCUUCCCCUUCCUCCCUGUGUCCUCUUCUCUCUCAGCCUCCUCUGGCUCCUCCCUCAUCCUAACUCCCAUAGCUCUUCAGCCUCCCUGCACCUACAGCCCAACCCUCCCCUCAGCUGUCACUGCGGAUGCUCCUUGGCCAUCGUUCACCCACCAACCCCUUCAUCCAUUCCACCUGGUGACCCUCCACUGCUAUCCACAGGGAGCUCAGCCAGGCUGGGGAGAGACAGCCAUUCUCUAGUUUCUACAGCUCUCCUGAGCCCUCACCAUCUCCUACAAUCCCCUCUCCUUGAUCCAGGCCACGUGUUGCCCUAGACACCUGUGUCACAUCUUCUCAGACCUCUGCAGCUCACCUCUCCUGUUUAUGGCCUUGCUUCCUAUUUCUCUCAACCUAGAAACUAAUAGGGGCCGGGCGCAGUGGCUCAUACCUGUAAUCCCAACACUGGGAGGCUGAGGCACUUGGGUCACAAGGUCAGGAGUUGGAGACCAGCCUGGCCAACAUGGUGAAACCAGGACUGUGUUCUUGGCUCCAUCCCUAGCCGACUGUGUAACAAAUGCCCUCUUCUCACUAGUCUUCAGUGUCCUGACUAUGCAAUGGCUACAGAAUUUCCAUGAUAGUGCUCUAUGAUUUUCUAAGAAUGGCCCAUGGCUAGGAUUCUGUAGAACCUUCCAGUGUCAAGACCUGGCUUCCAUUACAAAGUUGGUAGCAGAGGCCAAGAGGCUGGGCAGGUCAUCAGAAAACCCCCUAUCUGAGCAGAAAGGGACCUUAGCAAUUAAUCUUACUUCCGUGAGCUCAACAUUUUGUGGCUCAGCUGGAAGACUUGUUGACAAUGCAGAUGUUUGAAAAUGAUUCUGUAGGUUGGGGCAAGGCCUAGGAAUCUGCAUUUAGCUGGUUUUCUAGAUGAUUCUGAGACAGGGAGUGCAAGGGCAGUACUGGAAGGCACGCUGAUCUAGUGUGAAUCCCGCAUUAUAAGACACCCUGAAACGUGAGCGACUUGCUGGAUAAUGACUGGCAAGAACGCAUCAUGUCUACUGUGCCAGCACAAUGGCAAAUGCUCUGCAAGUCAACUCAGGCUUCAUAAGAACCCUCUAUGGUGUGACUCAUAAUUGCCCCAUGGGGAAAGUGACUCACUGAGAGGCGAAGGAACUUGCCCAAUACCACCUAGCCAGGAGGGUUGGGUCCCAAAGUUCCGGGAUGACCUGGUGGCAAAGCCCCAAGCCAGGAUCAGAUGCAGCCUGGAGUGGAGGGCAGGGCUGACUGCUGGGCUGUGGACUGAUCCGGAGAGACACCUGCUCUAUCGUGUUCAUGAUACUCAUCACCCAUCCCGCUCCAGGAGCGUUUGGCGUUCUUCCCUGUUAUUUUAACUACUUUUGAGACAGGGUCUGACUCUGUUGCCUAGGCUGGAGUGCAAUGGUGGUCAUGGCAACCGAAACCUCCCAUGCUCACGUGGUCUUCCCACCUCAGCCUCGCAAAUAGUCUGGAACCACAGGCGAGUACCGCCACAACUGGCUUUUUUUUUUUUUUUUUUACUUUUUGUAGAGAUGGGGGGUCUCACUAUCUUGCCAAGGCUGGUCUUGAACUCCUGGCCUCAAGAGAUCCUCCCACCUCAAUCUCCCGAGUAGCUGGGACCACAGGCACACACUACUAUGCCCAGCUAAUUUUUUAAUGUUUUUAUCGAGACGGGGUCUCACUAUGUUGCCCAGGCUGGUCUCAAACUCCUGAGCUCAAGCAAUCCUCACACCUCAGUCUCCCAAAGUGCUGGGAUUACAGGCAUGAGCCACCGUGCUCAGCCACUUCUUUUUUCUUAAGGUACUUAAGUUAUAAUACAUGUACAACAGGAAAGGGUAUCAGAAAAUACAAAUAAGUAAAACAGAAAAAAGGCCUUCAUGCAUCACCUGCGUUCUCUCAUGGAAUCUCUUGACAAUCGGAUCUGGUCGCACACUGUUCACAUCUCGGUGUAUUUCCUAUCAGACAUUUCCCUCUGCAAUCAGACACAAAGAAAUAUGGACUCCCGAACGCUUUUUAGAGUAGCUUAUACUGUAUAUCCUACUUUGUAAUCUGCCUUUCAUGUAGCAAAUUGCCAUAAACAUCUUCCCUUGUCAAAAAAACGUGUGUUUUGACACUGACUCUGAAUCCCUGUGAAACUCUUGUCAUUUCCUUUCAUCUCAGGAUGCUUGUGAAGGCCCCGCAUGGCUCUGAGCGG